UUGCUUGGAUAUGAGUGGACUAACGCGCGCUCUUAUAAUAAUUAAUAAACAAGUAAAUAAAUAUUUUCACUUACUUAAUUAAAUACAUAAAUUACUUAUUUAAUGCAAUCAAUAAUCUGUGAUAAAAAAAUUAUCAGUGAUAUAGUAGUUUUAUUUUAGUGAUAUAAUUGAUUAUUUAAAUAGAUAAAAAAAUAAUUAUCGAUAGACAAGUGGAUUUAAAUUAUUAUUAUUUAAAAAAAUAUCAUGACAUUCUCAUAUGUUAUUUAUUUUAUUAUUUAUACUUUUUUCGGAGUAUGUUAUACUCGGUUUGGACGCGGUGUCCUUGGUGUUUUGUGCAACAGUACUCGCUUAUAAGUUGAUGUUUCGAGUUUUCGUUGUUAUUUUGUAAAGAGUAUUGUAGUCGUGUACACAAAAGAAAAUUCAAUUGUAUAAAGUUAUUAUAUUUAACGAUAAAUAACAAAAGAAACUCAGAGACUUAAAAAUACUUAUUUUCUUUCUCUUGCCUGACAAUUGGAUUUUAUUUAAAUCGGAGUAUCGUUAAAUAUAUGACAUACAUGUUAAAAGAGAGAAUCUCUUGUUGAGUUUAAAGACAUAUAUUUAUAUAUAUAUAUAUAUAUAUCAUAUCAAAGAACGUACAUAUAGAGUUGUGUCGUCGUGCAGUCUCGACGAGUUGAGUAUUUCCGCAAUAUGAUAAAUAAUAUAUGAGAAUUAUCAAUGAGUUUAGUGAGAUAAGAUACAUAUUGGCAUCCCUUCAAACACAUGGGGCUUUGCACCUGUUUCAUUGCCGCAUGUUCACAGUCCAGGUGGUAAACAGUAAAAAAGAGCUGAAAAAAAAGAAGGAAAGAAGAAAAAAAAUUACAUAAAAAGAGGGAAAGAAACCCCGCUGCUUCAUAUGUGUUUCCGUUCAGCUCUCUUGCCACUUUAAUAUGUAUACAUUUAACUACUAAAAACUCAACAGUGUUGUGCUAUAUCACACCAGUAUGUACAUGGUAUAGUCUAGAUAAAUUUGUAAGGACUGAGUUUAUGAGAAGAGAAAAAAAAAUAAGGCAACGCCCACCACAUGAGUAGAUUUAUUAAAACGAACUGGACAGAGUGGUCACAUUUAUUUACCGGAUGUAGUGUUACACUGACUGAAAACGCCGCGACUCUACUGAUAUAUCAAUUAAUAUUUCGUCGAAUAGCCUUGAGAACAAAUAAAUAAUACAAUAAUAUAAAGUAUCAGUAUACAUGUUUAACGUCAUUAACACCAGGCUAAUCAGUAAUUGCUGUAUUUAUAUAUUAUGAUGACGUUUAUUAAAUUCUUAUGACAUUUAAAAUUAUUAUACUAAAAUAUAAUUUUUUAUUAUGUAAAUGAACAAGCCGAUUUUUUUAUCCGAAUCAGUCUUCCUGAUCUUUACGAAAGGACAUGGUACUUAAGCCUCUGAAAAGACUCACCGGAAGUAUGAGCAGGUAGUAGACUCUAUUACGUCCGGUUUUCGGUUUCGAAUGACAACCAACAAUAGGAUAUCUCCGUUUUAUAUUUCGUUUGUUUGUAACAGAAUUAUGGGAUAUAAAAUUACUUAAGAUCACUUCAAAAGUUAUCACCUGUGAACUAAAAGUAUACAUAGAGUUGUAGUGAUAGUGAUACUAUAAAAAUGUCGAGUUAUUUACUUUACUAAUUAUUGUGCAAUAGUAAAUUUUAAAAUAUGAAUCCCGCUGUGACUAACGAAGCGACAUCACCAGGGGGUCGACGACUCUCACGUAGUUUUCACUCUUGUCUUCGUGGUGCUGAUACUGAUGAACCCGAAUCAGACACAUCAUACGAGAAAGCGUGCAGAAGAGGAAGUGCUCCAGCGACACCAGUUUUGGGUGCACGACCUUUAGAUGUGACUCCCAACAGAAUCGUCAACUUUUUUUCUAAGCGAUCGUUCCGCUCGAAUCCCUUGAAGAGAACGAAAAGUGUGACGAAACUUGAGCGCCAGAAGCAGCGGGGAGCGGGUCUAAGAGGUUGCCGUUCACACGAGUCACUUUUGUGUGGACAAGCUGUGACAUCAAUGGAUCUUGCAGCGGUCACACCAUUACAUCCAAGUCUAUUGGGUAGACCACAUUGUUUUCAAGUGACACCAAGUAAUGGUCCACCGAAAUAUUUUAGUUGUCGAACGGCUCAUGAAAGAGAUCAAUGGUUACACAGUCUGAGAAAAUCAGUUCAACCAGAUGCUGAGCAAACUCGUCGAACUGACAAUUCACUGCAGAUAUGGUUACUCGAAGCUAAAGGUGUACCAACAAAAAAGCGUUACUUUUGUGAAGUAUGUUUGGACAAUACAUUAUACGCUCGUACAACAGCAAAAUUAAAAACAGAAUUAUGUUUUUGGGGCGAGCAUUUUGACUUUCAUCAUCUACCAUCAGUCAACACAAUACAAGUAAAUUUGUAUAGAGAAGCUGACAGAAAAAAAAAGAGAGACAAGAAUGUAUUGAUAGGUUCCGUUAGUAUACCCGUACAAAAUGUAACGUCACGUUAUCUAACUGAAAAAUGGUACCCUGUACAAAGUGACAAAGGAGUAUUAAAAGAACCGCCAGCAUUACGUGUUAAAUGCCGUUUUCAAUCAGUUGACAUUUUACCUGUUCAUGUUUAUCAAGAAUUUCUUGAGUAUUUAAAAACAGAUUAUGCAUCACUCUGUGAAAGACUAGAACCAGUAAUUGGCGUUAAAGCGAAAGAAGACAUUGCUACGGCACUAGUAGCAGUAAUGCAGCGUGAAAAAAAGGCACCACAAUUUUUAGCUGAUUUAGUAAUGAUGGACAUUCAUCGAAUCGAUGAUGAAAGAUUGACUUUUCGUGGUAAUUCGCUGGCAACAAAAGCUAUGGAAGCUUAUCUUAAAUUAACUGGUGAUCGUUAUCUACAAGAAACACUGGGAGCUGUCGUUCGUGGGGCUGUUGAUGGUGGCGACUGUGAAGUGGAUCCUCUAAAAGUAUCAUCAUUAGCAGCAUUACACAAACAACAACAGAAUUUACGUGCAGCAGUUGAAUUAGCAUGGAGUAGAAUAUUAUCAAGUCACGCACAUUUUCCUUUAGAAUUACGUGAAUGUUUUAGAAUAUUUCGCGAAAGAUUAGCGGAACUUGGACGUGAAGAUAUUGCAGACAAUUUAAUAUCUGCAUCUAUUUUCUUACGAUUUUUAUGUCCAGCCAUAUUAAGUCCUUCGUUAUUCAAUAUAACGCACGAAUAUCCUAAUGAAAAAGCAGCAAGAAACCUUACCCUGGUGGCUAAGAGCUUACAAACUCUCGCUAAUUUUACAAGAUUUCAGGGUAAAGAAAAUUUUAUGGAAUUUAUGAACGAUAUAUUGGAACGUGAAGCGCCAGCGAUGAAAAAUUUCUUAUUAUUAAUUAGUAGUCCAGUAUCAAAAGAUGCCCCAUCAAAUAAUUCUCUUGAAUUUGAUGGGUAUAUAGAUUUAGGAAAACAACUUUCAUUAUUGCACGCACUUUUACGAGAAAGUAUUGCCGGAACAACUUCAUCAUCACCAUCAUCACCGCCAUCAAAACUACCAGAUAUUCUUGAUCGAAUUUCCCAUGCAUUAGAUCAACCCAGACCUAGUCCAAUAUCAACAGCCCAUCGAUAUUCAAGUCUUCAAAAUAAUAUUUUUCGUUAUAACGAUCCAACAAUAGUUAACAGUAAUUCAAAUCUUUCUGUGUCCGCAUCAUCAACGCUAAGUAAUCACAGUACAUUGAAUGGAACAUUAAGAGACAGCAAUGAAUUAUUACAAAGCAACACUCUCGGACAUACUGGAAAUAUAACGAGAUCACCAAAUGUUAUAAGAGCAGCAACACUCCCACGCAAUGCAUACCUUCCAACAAAUGGUAAACUACAAUUACAAAUAACAUCUGAUGACUAUCAUCCGUUAGAACCACCAGCUUUUGUAUCGCGAUCACCAACUCCAGUUACACGUCAACACAGACCUACGUUAUUAAAUCGUACUGGUUAUCGAUUAACCACGAGUGCAAGUCUCGCAAAUGUCAAUCAUUGUCAGAAUAAUCCAACAAGUCCGACACGAUCAGAAAGUCAUAAUAAUCUUAAAGAUGCUAAUUAUAAUAUAAAUGUUAAUCAAACUAAUCAGGUAAUUACUGGUACAGGUAUUAUAAAUCGGCACCAUAAUAUACCGGGUAAAUUGAUGAGUCAUGAUCAACAUGAUGACAAUUAUAAUCAUAAUAAUUAUAAUAUAUCAAGAUCAAGUAGCAGAAAUCAAUGCAAUAAAGAAGAGAAUGCUAAUCAAAUACAACAAAAUUAUAAUAAUAUUACUAAGACGACAGUCAACGCUAAUCCAAUAAAUAUUAAUCCUACUACGAAUCUCACAUUAUCAAUAAACAAUCAACCAAAUAAUAAUAAUUAUAAUAAUAAUAACAAUAAUAAUAAUAAUGUUAAAACAAUAGCGAGUACAAAUGGUAAUCUCGAUGAAAUUUCUGAUUUAUUGAGGUAUGCUGAUGAUGAAGUGUCAGAAUCUAAAUCACAAAAGGGAUCACAGAUAUCAAUAUCACAAUUGAGUAAUGUUGCGUCUUCAGGAUAUCAAAGUUUCGCUGCUUAUAGUCAGAGUUCUAGCCCCGUUGAACUCAGUAAUAAUACGAAUUCUCAUAUUAUAAACGCUGCUCCACUUGCUUUUGCAAAUCCGGUGUAUCAUAUGGAAAGUAAUCAUGGGAGAAAUGGUAGAAGAGGAAGCAGUAGCUCUGAAGAAAGAGAGAUCGGUAGUGGUGGCAGUGGGAAUGGUGGUAAUGGCGUUGAAGGUGUCUGUGGUGUUGAUUUAAGUCCACUGCCACAAACCCAACAAUCAAAUAAUAUAAGAAAUAACCAACGAAAUGGGCAACAUCAAUGGAGACAGGCUAAUCCAAAUUAUCGAAAUGUUGAACAAAACCAAAAUACUUGUUGUACAAAACUUAUGAGACGGUUGUCUUUAGACUCGACGAGAGAUUUAUCGGACACUAGUGAAGAAGAAAACUGUCCGAAUCGACGAAACAAAUCCCGUAAUCAUCGAAGUAUUGAUCAGUAUGAAAUGGAAAUAGAACGAUUACAAAAUAGCGUGGAUAGACUACGAGCGAGAUUAGGAGCUGCUGAGGACGCCGAAAUUGAUGGCAAUGCGCCUGAUACUAAGAUGAAGAAUAUCAUUAGCAGAUUGAUUUCUGUGGAGGAGGAAUUACGACGCGAACAACAAAAAAUGUCUGCAGCACUUUCGUACAAGCAGCGCGUAAUCGACGCUCAAGAGCAACAAAUAGCUGCUCUGGAUGCAGCAAACACCCGGCUGAUGUCAUCAAAUUCAAGACUAUUAUCCGCAUUAAGCACUCUUAAACAACGCUAUAACAUUAGUAAAACACAGCCAAAUAAUAACGAAGCCGCAGCAUUGUUACAAAAUAUUGCUGAUAUUAAUGAGCUAAAAAGUUCAUCUUGUUAAGAUAAUUCAUUAUAUUUUUCUUAUCAAAGAUAAAAUUUAAUCCAAGUAUUUUUUUUUUCUUUUUCUACUAAUGUCGAAAUACCGAAGAUUAUUAAUGUAUUUAUAUUAUUAUUAUCUCUAUUGAUUUAUUGUAAAAUUAUUUAUCUGAAUCUAUCACUCUGCUUCUUAUGUAGGUUUAUUUAGAAAGAAAGUUAACGCAAACAAAAAAACCUAAAUAAUAUUUUUUUGAAGAUAGUGGUGGCAUAUAGAGGCUAAUUCUAUAUGAUAUCGAUAAGGCUAGAUUGAUUUAAUAAUUUUUACAACAAAAUUAGAUUUUGUAUUAUAUUGCAUGAGACUAUCGAUAGGUUUUUCAUAAUUAGUGUUCCAAAAUAAUC